GUUCUCCCACUGGCCUGUGUGUGUCUCCAGAUGUUCCUCCACACACCAGACACCUCCUGAUCUGCUGGGGCACUUUAACACGAGGUCAUUUAGAAGCAGAAUGUUUACACGUGUGAAGUGAAGGAGACAUUAAACACAAGGAUGUUGAUCUUCAGCAGGUCUUUGACUGCGUUUGGACGACGUGGUGCAUCUCAGCUUGGAGUAAACGUUCAGCACAGAUGUCUGAGGAGUUCAGUGAGCAGCUGUGUGACACGUUUAUACUCAGGACACAACAGUGUUUAUGAUCAACAGCUUAUUAAAGCUGUAGGGAAACCGGAAGUGUUCUGGGCUGAAGCAGCACAGAAUAUACACUGGUUUAACACAUGGACUGAAACUCUGGACUGUACGGACAAAGUGUUUCCUAAAUGGUUUAUAGGAGGAGAGCUGAACAUGUGCUACAAUGCUGUGGAUCGUCACGUUGAAGCCGGGAGAGGAGAUCAGAUGGCCAUCAUCCAUGACAGUCCUGUUACUCAGUCUAAGCAGCAUGUCAGUUACCGAGAGCUGCUGGAUCAGGUGUCUAAGCUGGCAGGUGUUUUGGUAAAGCAUGGUGUGAAGAAAGGUGACAUGGUGGUGAUCUACAUGCCCAUGGUACCUCAGGCCAUGUACACCAUGUUGGCCUGCGCUCGAAUCGGAGCUCCUCACAGCCUCAUCUUUGGUGGCUUUGCCUCUAAAGAACUCUCAGUCCGUAUUGACCAUGCUAAGCCUAAAUUGCUGGUGACAGCGUCGUUCGGGAUCGAGCCAGGUCGAAGGGUGGACUAUGUUCCUCUGGUGGAGAAAGCGCUGGAGAUGAGCAGCCACAAACCUCACAAAGUCCUCAUCUACAGUCGACCGGGCAAGGAGAAAGUGCACACACACCCUGAGCUGAGCCUGGACUGGGACGAGGAAAUGUCUUCAGCUCAUCCUCAUGACUGUGUGUCUGUUUCUGCUUGUCAUCCUCUUUAUGUCCUGUACACCUCAGGAACCACCGGCACACCAAAGGGUGUAGUGAGGGAUACAGGAGGCUAUGCAGUGAUGUUGAACUGGACAAUGUCCAACAUUUAUGGUCUGAACCCUGGUGAGGUCUGGUGGGCUGCGUCGGAUUUGGGUUGGGUCGUCGGACACUCUUACAUCUGCUAUGGUCCCCUUCUCCAUGGCAACACCACCGUGCUUUAUGAGGGAAAACCUGUGGGGACUCCGGAUCCUGGAGCAUUUUUCCGUGUCAUGUCUGAACAUGGAACAGCAUCUGUGUUUACAGCUCCCACUGCUAUUAGAGCGAUCAGACAACAAGACCCUCAUACAGAGUGUGGAAAACUGUACACACUCACCAGUCUCAGGUCGUUAUUUGUAGCAGGUGAGAGAUGUGAUAUUGAGACACUACAGUGGGCUAAAAAGAGUUUUGGAGUUCCUGUUUUAGAUCACUGGUGGCAGACUGAGAGCGGCUCAGCCAUGACAGCCUCGUGUGUCGGUUUGGGAAGUUCUCUAUCGCCCCCUGCUGGAACUGCGGGCAAACCUGUACCUGGAUACAACGUGACUGUGAUUGAUGAUGAAAUGCAACAGGUGAAGCCGAGGACACUGGGAAAUAUUGUGGUCAAGUUGCCUCUCCCUCCCGGUGCUGCUGUCUCUCUCUGGCAGAAUGACGAGCUCUUUAAACAACUCUACUACACCAAAUUCCCUGGUUACUAUGACACCAUGGAUGCUGGAUAUGUUGAUGAGGAGGGGUUCAUAUACAUUAUGUCACGCUCUGAUGAUGUCAUCAAUGUGGCAGGUCACAGGCUGUCCACUGGAGCACUGGAAGAGUGUGUGUUGCAGCACCCUGGGGUAGUGGACUGUGCUGUAGUGGGACUGGAGGACUCACUGAAAGGUCAAAUCCCUCUGGCGCUGUGUGUCCUCCGACACGAUUUUGAGAAGAAUAAAUCUGUAGUGAUGAAGGAGGUGGUCAGUUUGGUGCGAGAGAACAUUGGUCCUGUUGCUGCUUUCCGGAAAGUUCUGUUUGUCCGAGCUCUACCCAAAACACGCUCAGGAAAAAUCCCACGAUCCUCUCUGUCCAGUCUCAUCAACAACAAGCUGUAUAAGAUCAGUCCCACCAUUGAGGAUCCUGCAGUGUUUAAGACCAUAGAGAAGGUUAUGAAGGAACAUCUAAAAGGACCUGGACAUUAACCAUACACACACACACACACACACACACACACACACACACGCACACCCUUAGGGACUUUUGGGAUUCAAUCAGCACUCCUUGAACGAUGAAAUUUAUAAAAAAAAAAAAAAAAUCAUAAAUUUUCAUAAAAAAAACAAGGUGUCUUUAAAAUGUGAACUAGGUGAUUAAACUGUGAUGAUUCUGUCAGCUGAUGAUGUAAUGAGCCAAUGUUUAACAUCUAAAUACACAAUACUGUCUUUAAAAAAACGAACCCUGUGUUUAGAUAAAAGAUAGCUACGUCAGGUUUAGUCUAGCUUCAUUAGCUGAACUUUACUACAGUUAAGCUAAUAAUUAAGAUAAUUAGCAAGUUAUUAAGAAAUUCCACUAUGUGCUUUACAUGCUAGCUUCAGUAGUCUUACUUUAGCUUAACUUUAAUAGCGUGUGACUUGAUUUACUCCUUCAUUUUGUAACAACGCUUACUUUACUAGCCUUACUUUAAUCUUACGAGACUAAAUCUAAUAAAUCUCGUAAUUUUAUUGAAGUUUAUCUGACAAGCUAGAAAUUAGUUGAAGCAGUUAACUAGCUUAACUUAAUUUCAUCUAAGUAAUAUUUCUUUAACUAGCUUAACUUUACUAACAUUUACUUUGUGACGUGUCUCACUAGCCUAACUUUUUUAAUUCUGUUCAGCGAAGCUUAACUUUAUUAGCAUAAUGCUUACUUGCUAAAGGAAUUUGUUUAAGCUACUUGCUUUACUUUCCUAACAGCUAAACUUAAUCAUCUUAACGUUAUUAUCUAAACUUUCAUAUUUUUACUUGCUUUAAUGUACGUACUGCUAGCUUCUUUCUCUUAGCCUAGCUCUUGCUUUGCUAGCUGUAGCAGUGAUGUAGCAAGCUAACGUCACGUCUCUGUCUGUAAGGUAAAACCCACACCAGCAGACUGACACUGUUGUUUGUUGUAUACUGUACUUUUUAUUGACAAUAUUUUUUGAUCACCACAUAGUUUUGACCAAAAUACAAUCAAUAAUAAAUAAAAAAAAAAUGGACACAAAAUAAAUAAAAUGAUUCUCUGUAACGUGCAGAAAUAACUCAAAGACAGGAAAGAGGUUCUGUACAUGAGGUCACCCGGGCAACGCCUACAGAAAACAAUUCCACAUCUUUACACAGAAAUAAUAAAAUAAUUCACAGCAAGCAACAA